AUGUCAUGGCGGCCACAAUAUCGCAGUUCCAAGUUUCGAAAUGUCUAUGGCAAAGUAGCCAAUCGAGAGCACUGCUUUGAUGGGAUUCCAAUCACCAGGAAUGUCCAUGACAACCAUUUCUGUGCCGUUAAUACCAGAUUCCUUGCCAUAGUAACAGAAAGUGCUGGUGGGGGCUCUUUCCUUGUCAUUCCACUGGAACAAACUGGCAGAAUUGAACCAAACUACCCCAAAGUCUGCGGCCACCAAGGCAACGUGCUUGAUAUUAAGUGGAACCCCUUCAUUGAAAACAUCAUUGCUUCUUGCUCAGAAGAUACUUCAGUUCGGAUAUGGGAAAUCCCGGACGGAGGCUUGAAGCGCAAUAUGACAGAGGCUGUCCUGGAGCUGUAUGGCCACAGCCGGCGUGUCGGCCUCAUCGAGUGGCACCCAACCACCACCAAUAUCCUGUUCAGUGCUGGAUAUGACUAUAAGGUCCUCAUCUGGAACUUAAAUAUUGCUGAACCAGUGAAGAUGAUUGACUGCCACUCUGACGUCAUCCUUUGUAUGUCCUUCAACACAAAUGGCAGUUUACUCGGCACCACUUGCAAAGACAGGAAGCUGCGGGUCAUCGAGCCUCGUUCAGGCAAAGUCCUCCAGGAGGCAAACUGCAAGAAUCACCGUGUGAACCGUGUGGUCUUCUUGGGGAACAUCAAGAGGCUUCUGACAACUGGUGUGUCACGCUGGAACACCAGGCAGAUUGCUCUCUGGGAUCAGGAGGAUCUAUCCAUGCCACUGAUAGAGGAAGAGAUUGAUGGAUUAUCGGGCCUUCUCUUCCCCUUCUAUGAUGCUGAUACCCACAUGUUGUACCUGGCUGGCAAGGGAGACGGGAAUAUCCGAUACUAUGAAAUCAGCACUGAGAAGCCAUACCUGACCUACCUGAUGGAGUUCCGUUCUCCAGCCCCACAGAAAGGCCUUGGAGUAAUGCCGAAGCAUGGCCUGGAUGUCUCUGCAUGUGAGGUCUUUCGGUUUUACAAGCUCGUCACACUGAAGGGAUUAAUUGAGCCAAUUUCUAUGAUUGUACCGAGGAGAUCUGAAACCUACCAGGAAGAUAUCUACCCAAUGACUCCGGGUCCAGAACCUGCCCUCACCCCAGACGAAUGGCUGAGUGGAAUGAAUAGGGAUCCCAUAUUGAUGUCUUUAAAGGAAGGCUAUAAGAAAGAAUCCAAAGUAGUUUUUAAACCACCAAUAAAAGAGAAGAAAAGUGUUGUUGUCAAUGGGAUAGAUCUCUUGGAAAAUGUGCCACCCAGAACAGAGAAUGAGCUCCUCCGAAUGUUCUUCCGCCAACAAGACGAGAUCCGUCGACUGAAGGUUGAGCUUUCGCAGAAAGACAUCAAAAUCCGACAGCUACAGUUGGAGUUGAAAAACUUGCGCAAUAGCCCCCAAAACAAUGGGCUCUGAAGGGAUUUUUUUUUCUAAAGAAACUCUUUGUUUAUACCCACUCUUUAAUUUUACUGUCUCGACUUAACACGUGAUAUGAGCCAGAGACCCUGUGGCAGCACACGGGUACACCUGCUAACUGGAAGCCUCUCCUCCUUCUGUGGUCAUUGCCUAGCACUAAAAAGUUAUUUGUACGGUUUAACUUGAGAACUUCUGCAUGAAAAGAACAAGGGACGUAUGUUAUCCAAAUUUCUCUUGAAGUAAGUAGAAGCCUACUGCUCUUUGUCAUUCGUGCAAAAUUGCAGAAUCAAUUUUCAUCCCUGAUUAUUCCAGGGCUGAAAAAGGAGAACACUGUAAGCCCAAACAAAAGCAACUGAAUUCAUUAUUACUUACCUUUCCUCUCCCGAGGCUGUCGAUAAACAGCAAGCGUGCAAUUGGAAGGCAAACUCACGACACUGGAAAGAAAUCUGGAAGGAAAACGUUUCCCUUCUCUUGGGAACCAUCCUUGCGACCUGAGCAUUCCUUGAACCCGGCAGCCAGUGUGGGCUUUGGCAUUAUUGAACCCUCUCCAGGGCUCACCCUGCCUGUCUGGCGCCUGCUUUGCUUGGGCAUCACUCUUGGGGUGGUAGCUACAAUUUAUUCUGUUGAAAUAUACCCAGUGGGCACUGGGUGAUGAAUACACACAGGUUGCAUCUCUAAUUGGUCUCUUCAAGAGUGAUUGUGAAUGUACCCAUGUACACAUACACACACGCACUCAUUCACACACUCUCACAGCUACAAGAGUCCUGAAGAUAAACUUGGCCAAAGGAAACAGGUAGAUGAAGCCUUUGAGGGAAAACAAUUCAAAAUAGAAAGGCAACACAUACUUGAUCAAGAGAGUCAAAAGGAAAGAUCCAAAUGGGGGUUUCAAGUGAGGAGCAGAUAACCCAGCGAAAAUUAAGCACUUUUAAUGUACUACCCAUAAGCAGCGUAUGAGUUAAGGGUGUGUUUUAUUCUUUUUGGUACAAGUAGUGGACGGUAGAGCUGCAUAUAUAUUUGUAGCUGCAUAGAUGUAUUUGCUAGCAAGGCAGAAUCCUGAAGAGCGCCAGGCCCACCCAAUGUUCAACUGGAUUCCCAUCCUGACAGUUUUCAAACAGAUUCAUAGCUCAGGUUCUUCAGCAGCUAAUGGAGCAGUUGGCAAACAGUCAGUUUGUGGCAGGGAAAGGGACUGGUCAUCCUUAUGGAAGCACAGCCAGGCAGAUGGAUUGCCAUUGCCCCCCCACCCCCACUCCAAGGGCAGAUAUGCUCAUUGAGUGAAUGAUCUAAUUAUGAGGUGUGAGGCCCUGAUAGCUUUCAUGGCACUUACAAAACUGCCAGCCCAUCCUAAUUAUUAACCCAAGAGAACCCAAUCCCCACCUUUUUAGGACAGAGAGUUGGCAAGCUACCUGCACAACCAAGUGCCAGCCUUUAGUAUCGGACAGGGGCACUCAUGGAGGUUGGUGUGUGUGGAUUUCAAAAUCAAUAUAGUGGCCGGGAUGCAUUAGGAGAGCUUUGCAUUGACUGCACUGUCACUGCCAUCUUGGCUUCACUGCCCAGAAAGCUGCUGGAGCUGAACAUUUUGCGUGCUACCAAAGGCAGUCUCUGAACAAAAAAAAAGGGUGGGUGGGCAGGAAAUGUUCAACCCAAGGUACCAGGCUAGAAACCAGAGUUCCUGAGUUCUAGUCCUAUCUUGGGCAUGAGAGAAAGCUGGGUGACUUUGGGCCAAUCUCUCUCUUAGCUUGAUCUACUUCAUGGGGUUGUUAUGGGGAAAGGAGGAGGAGGAGGAGAGAGGGGUAUUGGGUGUAUUCGCUGCCUUCAGUUGUUUAUAAAAAUAAUCUCAGGAUAAAACCUGAAAAACAAACAAGAUUAUUAAAGAGUUCUAGUAGGCAGCAUCCUGCAGAAGGGCUGGUAAGUAGGUGGGGCUCCUCCAUCCUAGCAUUUGGGGAGAUCACCCCCAUUUUAGAUUUCAGAGUAUGCCAGCUGCUGAUCCCAUGAUGGCUGAGCCCGUUCUGUCUCUGCCUUCAUGCCAUGCAUGCAAUUUAACAAAUGCCUUCCUUGCUCACGACUGGUUGGUUCUUGAGUCUCCCACUCUAGGAAUCAUUAAUCCUAAAGGAGGAGUUGUCUUCAAGGCUGGCCCUGCUUGUUUUGCUUCCCGAGAUAAAGAGAAAUUCUGCGCAGAUGCCGGGCAAAGUGGCAGCUCAACCUGAUGGGGCUACUCCUGGCUGCCUUACCUGGGCUGCAAAAAUGCAGAUGCCGCAAGAUGACAGCACCAGUUCAGGGUUUUGUACCCCUGAGCUGCCAUCUAGUCUCCCCCAGAAUUUUGCUGACCAGAUCUGCUUAGCCCUUCUUGGGGGCAAAGAACAGGCUAUGUUCUACCCUUCUGCCCUCACAAAAUUAUUCUGCAUCACCCUGCUUUCUUAAUCCCUGUUCCUAGGACUGGGCAGGUACACUUUCAAGGACAGUGCAUUUGGAAGGUAAAUUUUGCAAGAGGGUCAGGCAGAAGUGCCUGCCAAGCGAAUAAGUACAGCCCAGCAUUCCCCCGAUGAGUCCCCAGAAUUCCUAGCCUGUACAGCCUGGCCAAUGCCUCCUGAAGACUUUCAGCUGGAGAAGGGCUUCCUAUUUAAUUUCCUACUUUGUUCUCCAAAAUAGGAAAGGGGAUGGUUGGCUGCCUUUGCAGAAAAGAAGUGUUGCGACUGCAAUCUUUGCUACCGGCUCUUCUAGCAUUUCUCUUCUCUCCUUCCAGAGCCACACCCUCUUCUCAUAAAUAAGAAAGUGGUCAUUCUCUUUGUGGAAUCUUGAUCAAAUUGCAAUGGCAAUUGAGUUUCAGUGCCCAUUGAAGAAGUCAGGCACCUAGAAUGUUGUAUGUAGAAUUCUAGAAGAGCCUUGUGUCCCUGAAUGAGACAUUUUGUAAUGGGGAGUUAUUUGCACACUACAGUGGAACUUUCGGUCAUGAUCGUAAUCUGUUCCAGGACUUCGGUUGCAACCUGAUUUGGUCGUGACCGGAAGCAAGACUGACUGCAUAUGCGCAUACAAAAAAAUGGUGCGGAAGGGAAAAUCACUGUGGCUGUGUUUGAUCGCCACCCAAGUAUUUGUUCAUGACCAGAUGCAAAAAAUUUGCAAAAUUUUUGGUCAGCACCCGAUUUGGUCGUGGUCAGAAGCGUUCGUGACCCGAGGUUUUACUGUACCUAGAGAAGUCUGCAUCGAGAGGCUACCACUGGACCCACUAACCACACCGGCUGGCAUCCAUCCCACAAGAAGCAGAAUGUAGCCAGGACACCUGCUGAAAGGGUUAAGAGAGGCUUGGUAAAUGCCUAAGAGUUAACCAAAAUUUGGUACUUUUGGAAGCAGGA